GGCCAGCAAUCGCCUCGUCGUCCCGAAGCCGAAGAGAGGGAAGAAAAAGCGAGCCCAAACUCUCCUGUACGUGCGGGGGCGCGUAUUCAAACGCACGCAAAGCAACCCCGCCACUCGUCGCGCCCCCGCACCGCAGUCCCCACCUCGCGCCACCGUGCGCGGCCCGAGCUCCCUCUCCCGGAUGAUAAACCGCGGCGCCCCGCUUCGGAUCUCGCCACUCGCACCACGACCGCCACUCCCACGCCCUCCGCCUCCGAUGACGCAGACCCCCACGCCCGCGGCCACCGCCACCGCCGCGGAGGCGCCGGGGCCCGAGCCCGAGCCCGCGCCCGCUGCGGGGCUGCCGGACGCCAUCGCCGCGGUGCUGCCGCUGGACCCGUACGAGCAGCUGGAGGUGGCGCGCAAGAUCACGGCCGUGGCCGUGGCGGCCCGGGCCUCGCGCCUCGAGCUCGAGGCCGCGCGCCUCCGCCAGAGGCUGGCCGACAGGGACCGCGUCGCCGCCGAGCUCGCCGACAGGGUCGCAAGGCUCGAGCUGGCGCUCCGGGACGCCGAAGCGCGCCUCCGCGCCGCACUCGACGACAACGCCAAGCUGGCCAAGGAGCGGGACUCGCUCGCGCAGACGUCCAAGCAGCUGUCCAGGGACCUCGCCAAGCUGGAAACCUUCAAGAGACGUCUGAUGCAAUCGCUGGGCGACGACCAUUCACCAAUUCAGGAAACUGUAGACAUAAGAACCUGCGAGCAAUCUGUGGCGAAAGCGAAUUCUUGGAAAGAUGGACCAGCGAAUAGCCAUCCUGUAUCCUCUCGAUCGGACGGAUCCACUGAAGCAGAGAGCGUAAAUCAGGAAGCGACGAGGCCGUUUGAGCAGAAGCUGACCAUCACGCACAUCACCCCACGCCUCACGUCUGAUUCUGCGCCGAAGCUGAGGACCGCUGCCACUUCACCGAGAAGGUACUCCACGGCGGUGUCGCCUAAACUGACGUCCGGCGCCACCUCGCCGCGAUUGGGAGGCCACAUGGCGAUGUCGCCAUGGCUGGCCUCCAGCAAGAUGUCCUCUGCGGCGAACUCGCCCCCUCGUGGACAUUCUAUCUCAGGACGCACUACUAGAGUAGAUGGCAAACAGUUCUUUCGUCAGGCAAGGAAUCGCCUCUCCUACGAACAAUUUGCGGCUUUUCUUGCCAAUAUCAAGGAGCUCAAUGCCCAAAGGCAAUCUCGAGAGGAAACCCUGAGAAAGGCGGAUGAGAUCUUCGGUGCAGAAAACAAGGACCUCUUCAUGUCAUUCCAAGGGCUGCUUAGCCGCAGCUUGUAGUAGCAAAAGCCUCGCAAUCCUCUCUAUUUCUACUCAGUUCAGUUGUUACGGUUGCUCAUGAUUCAUGAACAGGGCGUCGAGCAUACGGUAGGGUAUAUCUUACACGUUGCAUAGAAUAAAACAAUGUGGACCAUACUAAGAAGUGCUGAUCAGAGCCAUGUAGUAAAGCUUCUUUCUGUCCA